AUGGAGCAGAGCAGAGCGUACUUCUUCGAGUCGUCCGUGAUCGUCCAGACACUCGUUCCUUCUUUUUGUCUCUCUCUUCCAAGCCUUCACCUCCUCCUCUUCCUCAUCAGGCCCAGCUGGCGCUCUCUGAUCUCCACGCUCGACCUGACCACACAGUGUGGUCGAUUCAUCGGCACAGACCGGCUGAUCACACUCGUGCAUCUGACCCCCGACUUCAUCAUCGGCGUCUGGCGGGGCGAGAGGAAUGUGGCGUUCGUCAUGGUCAGUCUGCACUUCCAUCAGCUGGUGGAGAAAAGUCUGCUGGGAUGUCCCGUCUGCCCGUACUCUCAGCCUGAUGACCUCCCACCCCCGGACCCCUCGGACCCUGAGUUUGGUCUGCACGGCUUCUCUCUGCACUUUGUUCUGCACAACACCGGCACGGAGAUCAUGUCGGGACACUUCUGCCAGCUCUCCUGUCGCAGAGCUCAGAUCCACCGUGGACACGUGGAGCUGAGAGUCAUCAACAGGACCAACCUGUCUCAGCACCGCUCGCUGUCUGGAAACAUCAAACUGCCCUGGAAGAGCCUGGAGCUGGAGGGCUCAGUGGAGAACUGCUGCAUCAUAACGCUGACUCUGCUGGACGAGUUCCAAAAGCCCUUCUGGUGUCUCAGCUCGCCCAUUUGGACCACGAUGGCGAAGAAGACGCUGUCCUUCGACUACAGCGGCGAGCACUUUGAGAUGGAGCACCGGGAGCGGGAGGGUCGGGUGAGGAUGAAGCUGGUGUGGUUGAAGGAGCAGAAACAGUUCUUCCUCAUCAGCCUCAUCGUCUGCGUUCCUGUUUCCAAAGUCAACAAGCAUUUCAGCACGGACUACUGAACGCCACGGAGGUUUGGUUUCUGAUUUCUAAAGCGUCAACUCAAGUCGUCCAUGUUUGUAUUGAUUUAUUAUAUGAAAGUUCUUUCAGUCUGAAUGAAGAGAGGGUUAUUAAGUUCCUGCUGUUGAAACAUCGUGUGGUCGUCUGAGAGGUCACUCAUAUUCCAAGUUAAAGAACAUUUGUGUUUGACUUUGUUUAUUCGUAAAACGUGUUAGACUGUCGUCCAGGAGAAUAAAUCAACACGGCGAGGGCUUUGUUCCUGAAAGAUACUAUUUUACCAUCAAGUUUGAAUUCCACACUAACUGCCUUUGUUAACUGUUAAAGUCAAAUAAAUGUUUGCUUACAAUAUUCUCCAUCAACUAGCUGCUUAUAAGCAUGCUAAGUAGUAGCAUAAUACAAGAAGCUAGCAUGCUACUAAUUAGCAUGCUAAUAAGCAGCUAGUUGAUGGAGAAUAUUGUGACCUUAAGCGUUAACGAAAGUCUUAUCUGAAAGUCUCAGAAAGUAAAACAGUUUCAUUUUGCUUUAUUUUGAAAGAACCUUUGUACAAGCGGGUGCAUUCGUUUAAGAAAUGAAUAUUUCUUAAAGUAUGUAUAAAAUCUUUAUCAGUCACAAGAAUAAAAAAGUUAAAGAGGAAUGAUCACGAAAUGAUGCUGUUGUUUUUAUUAUGAGGAUUUUAGCCCAUGUUGCCUUUAAAAUGUACAAACACAUUUAAUUUGAAAGAAAAAACUCAUGAAACACAUAAAGAUAAUUCAAUAUGAAUGUAAAUUAAUCACAUUAAUCACAUUUUAAAACAUUAAGGAAUACAAUUCUGGAGAUCUGAUUUUCACUUUGUUUUUUUUUCAAGUAAGAAAGGAAAAGAAACGAGCAUGAACAGAUGUUUACCAGAGUUUAAUAUUUACAAGUGAUAACAAUAGAUUCUCAGUCAAGGUUUCUUCACACUUUUCUUCUGGAGGAUUUCUUACCUUCACUUCUUCCUUAUAAGAGACGGUUCUGCUGUUGACAAAUCAUCACAACUGUAGAAGAGUUUUCUUCAAAGCGCGUUAUUUUUACUUUUUCAUUUGACAGAAUCAGUCGGCAGGAAUUUGUAUUCAAACCUUCAUUCUGAGGCUGUACACACACGCCUGUAUCACAUAAUCAGGUACAACUACAAAGUAAGAAAACAUGAAAAAAUGUGUGUAAAUUAAUUCCCAAAGUUGACUAAUCUGUGUGCUCAGUUUUGUUGCUCUCUGUAGAUGCGGUUUGUAAACUGCGUGCAUGGACUUCUAAUCUUUGGGUAUUUAUGAGGACAGUUUUUACAAAUCCAUUCCCACAGUUUACAUAGACAGACAAGACAAGACAGACUUUUUUGGUUGCAUGGGAGAUUCUUCAGUAUACCACCAUCAUGUACUGCUUUGCCAUCCUCAGACAACAGGAGAGCAGGAUGUGCUGUGUCAGGAUCCAGAGUCACAUCAACUGCAAACUGCUGGACCCACUUCAGCGUGGACCUUGUUCUUUUAUGAUUUUGGUCUUUUCAAAGUGGAGUUUGUGUCUCGAGGUCUGUAAGGAGACAGAACACAAACAAAUAAACUGAUGAGCUUGGCAGGA